AUGGACAAGUGCGCUGACGCUGGCCCAAUCAACGACUCUUCGGACAGCUGCAACAUCGCCAACCUGGUCCCCGAGAAGAUUUCCGGUGUUCUCGAGAAGCUGCCAGGCAAUAAUCCCCCAACUAGAUGGGGUCAAGGCGAGAGCGUAUCCUCUAGUUCAUCCGAUCCAGAAAGUACCUCGACUACCACCAGCAUACUGUCUGCAUCUCAGGCCUUGUCUACCACACGUACUCAAGUCUAUACUACAGACAACAGUGUCAUCGGCUGGUCAUAUCUUGGCUGCUAUUCCGACAAUGAGUCUACUCGUGCGCUCACUGGGAUCCAAUUUGCGGAUCUGGGCAUUGGCAAUGUGACUUCAACUGGCUGUAUGGAGUAUUGCGGAAAUGCAGGCUUUAGUCUGGCAGGCACUGAGUACGCUGGACAAUGCUUCUGUGGUGACAAGAUAGAAGGCAGCUCUAAGAUCGCGGCAAACGAAUGCGAUAUGAAAUGCGAGGGUGACACCUCUCAAAUUUGCGGCGGCAGCUUGGCAUUGAGCGUGUUUGAGAAGGCUACGAAGUCUGCAUCGAAGAGAUCUCGCAUGCACUUUCUUCAACAUGUGCACGGCAAACAUGUUUGA